AUGGUUGGCAUCACGGCGCACGAACUGAGGCAGAAGGCCCCGAAAGACCUUCAGAAACAGCUAGAGGACCUCAAGAAGGAGCUCUCUCUGCUGCGAGUCGCAAAAGUGACGGGUGCGACUCCAGCAAAGCUCGCAAAAAUCACACAAGUUCGGAAGGGCAUCGCCCGCGUUUUGACUGUUUACAACCAGAAGAGGAGGGAAGAAGCCAAAAAGUUUUUCAAGGGGUGCAAGCAUAAGCCCAAGGACCUGAGGCUCAAGAAGACGAGAGCCAUAAGGCGAAGGUUGACUUUGUCGCAGCGCAGGAAGAUGACUGUGCGGCGUACUAAGAGGGUACAGAAUGUUCCGAGGAGGAAGUACGCACUGCUGGCUUGA